UUUGUGUUGGCUAUCGUAUUUUAUACGUAUAAAACAAAAUACAAAUUCGUCGAAUAAAACGAACACAGUAAAUAAUUAUUUCAAUUUUUUUCUGGUUUCAGUGUUAAAUUCGUGGUUUCAAUAAAGUUUCAACACGAUAUUCAUUUGUUGUUACAUCAAAGCAUUGUAAACGUUUACUGUGCACCGAAUUGUUUCAGUUGAGCUAAAAAGCAAACAUUUGUAAAAACAAAAAUGUAUAAUGGAAUUGGAUUGGCGACGGCCCGUGGUUCUGGCACGAAUGGCCACGUUCAACGGAAUAUGGCCUUUGUUCGUCAAGGUAAAAAAGACAAUGUAAAAUAUAAAACAGAAGCUGAACUAUCAAAAGCAGAAGCAAUAAAUAAUCGAGGUCCAAACGAAGAAAUCCUUGAGCACGAGCGAAAACGUAAAAUCGAAGUGAAAGUCUUGGAAUUUGAAGAAAUGUUGGAAGAACAAGAUUACACGGCCGACGAAGUAGCAGCGAAAGUGCAAGCCUAUCGUGAAAAAUUGCUGGGUGAAAGUCAAUGUGAACAAUUGCCGAAAGAUGAAUUUGGACGAUAUGUCGUGCGUGACACUCAUCAAAUAGCUGCUGCAAAACAUGAAAAGAAUGCAAUGCUACGUUCAGCAUUUGGAAUUUCGGAGUACUUUGUCGAAGGCAGUAGUUUCGAUGCUGAUCGAAAAGCAAAAGAGGAACUUGCUAAAAGUACCGCCCUGCAAAAGGAAUUGGAAGCACAACAAGAGAACGCUGCAAAAAAUAAACUCUACAAAUUGGUUCGAACACCAUCAAGAGAACGGGAUAUUGUGGCCGAAGAGAAGAAUGGCCAAACAAUUGAUGAAAAUAAAGGAGAAUCAUCGAAAUCCGGCGAAGAGAAAACAAAACGCAAAAAGGGUGAUAAAAAGAAAAUGAAGUCAGACACAAGUGACGACAGCAGUUCAUCGUCGGAUGAAGAUUCACGGCCAAAAAAAUCACGUCGACGCAAGCGAAAAGAUUCGAGCAGCAGUGACAGCGCGAGUGAUUCAAGUGAUUCCGAUUCAGAACCAUCGAAGAAAAAAAAGAGACGCGACCACAGUAAAGAUAAGAAAAAACGAUCCGAUCACAGUAAAAAAUCGAAGAAGCAUCGGCGUCAUUCCACAUCGUCGUCAAGCAGUUCCGAUUCAGAGUCAUCGUCAUCAUCAUCCUCCUCUUCGUCGUCGUCAUCGUCAAGUAGCGACGAAUCUAACAAACAUAAACAUCGACGACGACAAUUAAAUGAGCGAACGAGCAAAAUAAUCAAUUUAUUCAAGACGCAAAUCAAAAUGUCCGGCAUAGUCUUAAGCGCUGUGGAAUUAAGUUCAACAGUCAACAUUGAUAAUGGAAAAGGUGAUGGAAUUGCGAUAAUAACUGAAACAACGACACCAAAUACCACAUCCAAUAUUCAAAUCGAUGAUGCGAUUUGUGAACACGCACAGAAUAAUUUGAAUGAUUGUUCCACAAAUAGACAGAGAUCAUUAACGAGAAAUUCAAUUGGCAGCAAUAAUAUAUCGAUUGUAACACUCGACGAAAAUGAAAAUGAUUCCAGUGUUAUCGAUUCAGAUUCAGAUGUUGACGAAGUGAUUAACUGUAAUAAUAAUAAUAACGAAUAUAAAUGUUCUAGUGGAAUAGUUUUAGUUAAUAAAAAUGUCGAUCCACCAAAUUUGUGCCAAUCGAGUAUUCUGUGCGCGAAUAAUGAUGUUAAACCGAAUAUCGGAAGCAUUGCGGUGCAAAAUUCUUCCGAUAUCACAUUCGGUAAUAAAACUUUUUACCAGGGUCCAGUAACAAUAAAACAAUUUGUUUACGAUAAAAACAAAUGGAAGGAGACGGAACAACAUGAAAACGAUAAUCUCGGAUACGUAAACAACAGUGCCGACAACAUAAGUAAACGUGAAAAGGAUUUUCCAUCUACCAAACAUCCCGAUGAACUGCAAAAGAAAUCAAAGUGGACCAAUAAACAGACGGUAGUGAGCGCUGUUGGUGCCGGAUUAUUAGCUUGUUCAUUGUUGGCGAUAAUAUUGACGGUGAAAUUAAAUAGCAACGGAACGAACAGGCAUUCGACAAAAGAGAGAAUUGGCGACGGCGAUGAUUCACGGUUGAAUAUACCAAUACCAUCUUCAAUAGGUUCAGAUUUAAUCACAGAUACAGCCGGACCAUUACGAAUCGUAACCAGAAGUGAUUGGAUUGCGCAACCACCAGAACAUGAGCUGGUACCUCUUGAUUUACCCGCAAAACGCGUAAUAAUAGCACAUACGGCUACCGAAAAUUGCACGACACAGGCAUCAUGCACAUAUCGUGUUCGAAUGAUUCAAACAUUUCAUAUUGAGUCACGGGGAUGGGAUGACAUUGGUUACAAUUUUUUAGUUGGUGGCGACGGAGCCGUGUAUGUCGGACGUGGAUGGAAUAUUCAAGGUGCACACACAAAAGGUUACAAUAUAAAUAGCAUUUGCAUUGCAUUCAUUGGAACCUUCAAUAAAAUCGAACCGCCAAAACCGCAACUAUAUGCAGCACAGAAAAUUCUCGAAGAAGGAGUCAAAUUAAAAAAAUUAACAUCGGAUUAUAGCCUUUAUGGUCAUCGUCAGCUAAUACCGUCAGAAAGUCCUGGUCUAGCGUUAUACGAAAUUAUUAAAAAAUGGGAUCAUUGGACUGAAAAUAUUAGGUGAUAUUAUGAAAUUUAGAUGUAGAUAUAUAGGUAUCGAUCAAUAUUUUCUUUGUUUUGUGAAGAAACUCAAGUGUGCGAUAAAGUCAAGGAUAACGUGUAACAUUUUGAAGACGUUUGAUAUUUUUUCUUGCAAACAUUUUCUAUGCAA